UUUCAGAUGGCCUUCAUGAAGAUGAGGCUGGUUUAUGCUUUCAUUCUGAUGACGGGAGUUCUUUGCUUGUACUUCAGCAUGGAGCCUUUCAAGACACUGCCCUUUGUUCUCAAGAAAGGUCACGGGAAGUUCCUUCAGCUUCCAGAUAUAGACUGCAAGCAGAAGCCACCUUUCCUUGUGCUGCUGGUGACUUCAUCCCACAAGCAGCUGGUGGCUCGGAUGGCCAUCCGCAAGACAUGGGGGAGGGAAACAGAGGUGCGGGGACAGCGUGUGAAGACCCUUUUCCUCCUGGGGGCCUCAGACAGCACCGAUGAGAUGAAUGCCACAGCCCAGGAGGGCAAGCAGCACCGUGACAUCAUCCAGAAGGAUUUCAAGGACGUCUAUUUCAACUUAACCCUGAAGACCAUGAUGGGCAUGGAAUGGGUCCACCACUUUUGUCCUCAGGCAGCUUUUGUGAUGAAGACAGACUCAGACAUGUUUGUGAAUGUUGGCUAUCUCACUGAACUGCUUAUAAAGAAAAACAAAACCUCCAGGUUCUUUACAGGUUACAUAAAGUCCAAUGAUCUUCCCAUCAGGCAGAAGUUCAACAAGUGGUUUGUGAGUAAAUUUGAAUAUCCCUGGGAAAAAUACCCACCAUUUUGCUCUGGGACAGGUUAUGUCUUUUCUAGUGAUGUGGCCAGCAAAGUAUACAAUGUCUCUGAGAGUGUUCCAUUCCUCAAGCUGGAGGAUGUGUUUGUUGGGCUCUGCCUGGCCAAGCUGAAGAUCCGGCCUGAGGAACUCCACACCAAACAGACCUUUUUCCCAGGUGGCUUACGCUUCUCUGUGUGUCGCUUUCAGAAAAUUGUGACCUGCCACUUCAUGACACCCCAGGACUUACUCACUUACUGGCAGGCACUGGAGAACUCUCAGGAACAGGAUUGCUCUGCUGUCUGAGGGGAGCCUAUGGCGCAAACUUCCAAUAAGCUUUGGUGAUACUUUGGGAAGGUCUGGGAUGGUCUUGUUGGGAACUGUCAGGGGAAGAGAGAGAGGAGAGGAAGGCAAAGAGUGCUAUUCUCAACGUCCUGCUUACACUAGAGUGGAUGUACACACACAUACACACACAGGUCAAGACUCGUUCCCACUUGGCACCCAGAGCAAUAAGAGAUC